ACAUAUUCCAAUUACAAGUAAUUUUGCUCGUGAAAUCUGAAAAUAUUUUUCAGAAAUUUCGAGCAUUACUAAUUGUAAAUAAUUUCAAAAAAAUAACUGUACAAAAGUUAUUGAAGAUGGGUGCACUAAAAAAGACUACAGGUCUGCUAGGUUUAGCGGUAGUGCCAAAUCCACACCAUACUCUUGGAGCUCUAUAUGGAAAAAUUUUGAGAACCCUACAACAAAUGCCUGAGCAAGCAGUGUAUAGAAAGUACACAGAACAAAUUGUCAAAGAGCGAGCAGCAAUCUUAAAGCAGACAAAAGACACAUAUGAGAUUGAGGCAAAAAUCAACUGUGGCCAAGCUGAAGAAUUAAUCAUUCAGGCAGAGAAUGAACUAAAUCUGGCAAGAAAGAUGUUAGUCUGGAAGCCAUGGGAACCUCUAGUUACAAAGGCCCCUAAGGGACAAUGGGAUUGGCCACCAACUAAGGCUUAAGUCUUUUAAUUAAAAGUUGCAUUACUAUUUUAAGAGCCUAUGGCCACAUCUGGGUAAAGUCCGCCAAAAACAUAACUUAUUACCAACAGAAAAAAUCUUGUUUUGUUCAAGAAGUUCUAUACUUAACUAUUGUUUAGUUUACAUGAUGAGUAGCCAUUAUAAAGCUUCCUCACUCACAAUGUUAUAUAUAUUUGAUUAAAUAAAUAGUGUACAAAUUA